CCCAUGACACCACCUGGACGGCUCUACCUCCUGAGGGUGUGCAGCGCCCCCCUCCUCCUCCUUCUGGGGCUGCUGCUGGCCCUGCCGCCUGAGGCCCAGGGGCUUCCCGGUGUCGGCAGCUCACCCUCAGCUGCCCGGACUGCCUACCAGCACCCUCAGAAGCACUUCGCACCAGGCACCCUCAAACCUGCUGCUCAUCUUAUUGGAGACCCCAGCACCCAGAACUCACUGCGCUGGAGAGCAAACACGGAUCGUGCCUUCCUCCGCCAUGGCUUCUCUUUGAGCAACAAUUCCCUCCUGGUCCCCACCAGUGGCCUCUACUUUGUCUACUCCCAGGUGGUCUUCUCUGGGGAAGGCUGCUUCCCCAAGGCCACCCCCACCCCUCUCUACCUGGCCCAUGAGGUCCAGCUCUUCUCCUCCCAGUACCCUUUCCACGUGCCUCUCCUCAGCGCUCAGAAGUCCGUGUGCCCAGGGCCACAGGGACCUUGGGUGCGCUCCGUGUACCAGGGAGCUGUGUUCCUGCUCACCCAGGGAGAUCAGCUCUCCACUCACACAGAUGGCGUCUCCCACCUACUCCUCAGCCCCAGUAGUGUCUUCUUUGGAGCCUUUGCUCUGUAGAA